GAAACACAACACGACAAACAAUAAAAUUUAUCCGAUCAUUGUAUACUGAUACAAUGCAUAACACGGUAACAUACCGGAAAUGACGUCGGAAUACAAACCGGAGUCGGAAAGCAAUUGAUCGGCCUUCUCACGUAAGCCUAUCUCGCCGGCCGGAGUGGGCCCAAGCCGUUAUUCUGGAGGAUAGCAGAAGCCGUACUUAUAACCCGACCCGAUUGAGAUUUUGGAUAUUUGGCCCUUUAUUUUUGGGGCCUUUGUGUUGUUUAGUUUUUCCUUGCACAGAGCAUUCUUCUUUCUGAGUAUGACGACUCGUAUAGCUCCGGGAGUUGGAGCAAACCUGCUGGGCCAACACGCAGCGGAGCGCAACCAAGAUGCCACCGCCUAUGUCGGCAACCUCGACCCUCAGGUUUCUGAAGAGUUGUUAUGGGAGUUGUUUGUUCAAGCAGGUCCAGUAGUCAAUGUUUAUGUCCCUAAGGACAGAGUUACUAAUGCUCAUCAGGGAUAUGGCUUUGUGGAAUUCCGAAGUGAAGAAGAUGCUGACUAUGCAAUAAAGGUACUGAAUAUGAUUAAACUUUAUGGGAAACCAAUACGAGUGAAUAAGGCAUCACAAGAUAAAAAGAGUGUUGAUGUUGGUGCCAACUUGUUUGUUGGGAACCUUGAUCCUGAUGUUGAUGAGAAGCUUCUAUAUGACACUUUUAGUGCUUUUGGAGUUAUUGUCUCAAAUCCAAAG